AUGGCAUCGUCUACUCCCCCCGAGUUCGUCGUCGUCGGCGCCGGCGUGGUCGGCCUCACCACCGCGCUGGAGCUGCGCCGGGCUUUCCCGUCGGCGUCCAUCACCGUGGUGGCUAAGUACUUGCCCGGCACGGCGUCGGCGACCGAAUACACGUCUCCCUGGGCCGGGGCGAACUGGUUAUCGUUCGAGACGGAGCGGAACCACUUGGCCGAGUACGACGCCGCCAGCUAUCCCCGGUUUCUAGACAUUGCGGCCCAAGCGCCCGAAAGCGGCGUGCAAGUGUUUCCCUUGCGUAUAGUCUACGACACUGACCAGCCGCGCCAGCACCGCUUCUGGUUCGAGCAGCUGGUCGGAGGUAUUACUGAAGUUCCUGAGAAUGACUUGCCCCCUGGCGCGGUCAUGGGCGUCGACAUGUCGUCCUUCAUGAUCAACACGAUCGUCUAUCUUGGUUGGCUACAGACCCAACUCCUCCAAUCGAAGGUGACCAUCCUCCGCCGCCACUACAAGCACAUCGACACGCUGCUCGACGACUUCCCCACCGCUCGCGCCGUCUUCAACUGCACGGGCCUGGGGGCCCGCCACCUGGGAGGCGUCGACGACGCGGCCGUGUAUCCGACCAAAGGCCAGACGCUGCUGGUCACGCAGCCCAAGCAGCCAUUGAAGCGCAUGUACAUCCAGCACGUGGCCGCCUGGGGCAACGAGUUUGCCCACGUCUUCCCGCGCCCGCUGGGCGGCGGCGUCAUCAUCGGCGGCGUGCGCAGGGACAACGACUGGACCGGCGAGCCGGACAUGGAGCUGGCCGAGCGCAUCAAGAUCCGGUGCUGUGCUUUAGCUCCUGAGCUGGGCAGGCCGGAGGACUUGCAGAUCAUAAGCCACAAUGUGGGACUGAGGCCCAGCAGAACCGGCGGCACGCGCGUCUCGCUAGAAAAGCGCGCCGGGAAACUCUUGAUCCACAACUACGGUGCCUCGGGAGCAGGAUAUCAAGCUUCGUGGUGA